AUGUUACCCAGUAACCUAGCUGGAAGCUAUCGCCGCUACAAGGAAGACACCAAUGUAUUUGCGACAUGGUUGUUGAAUACUGCAGAGACUUGUGGAUACAAUCUGGGAUAUGUUGACGAAACUCCCAAGCCGCAGUUAGCGCAACCAAGCACUAGACUCAAGGGGAAGGCAAGAAAAGAAGCAAAGAAAGCUGCAGCCAAUUCGGCAACAAUUGAACAAACUAACCUGAGGUAUAUCUCGACGAAAGAGAUGUUGCUGCAGGCAGAAAUUAUUGCAAAACACAAGCGGCCGCCCGUGGAAAUGCCAAAGAAUAUUCGUAACACCUUGGAGCGUGCGAUAAGGGCACGAACACGCUGUGCCAAUUGGUUUCGUAACACCGAGACGGACCAGCACACCGAUAAAUCCAACCGCACACAUGCGUAUUUUAUCUCAAUACUUGAGAAGGCACUUGAUACACUCGAGCCUUGUACUAGAAAAGAAAAAGAUGCUGGCUCUAGUUCUGAUUCUCAAAUACGAGGCAGCAAUACAGCUCAUAGCACAAACAUCUAUGGCAUGCUGGAGGUUGAAGAUGUUGGUGCGGAAACCCCCAAUGUCACGGUUGAUGACAUCAUCACUGCAUCUAAACCUAACGCAAAGAGACAUCUGAACAUAUGUGAGAUGGAAAUCGAGGAUAAGAUAGACUUAGAAUUUGUCGUCUUUUGCUUCUUCGAGGAUUUACAGCGCAUACAGGAGUUCUUGAAAGAGACAUGGAAAUUAGUUAUGAAGGAAGAGCUGGACGCCAUAACUGCUUCUCUCGUGUCUAACCUGGCUUUCAGUCUUGCUCGUCAGAUUGAAGAUGAGCUUACCUCAAGCUACCCAGAAUUCUUCGGUGUUAUUCCAUCUUAUGUUAAGAUUGCGGGAAUCCUACAUGAAGUCAACUUCGCCAAAGACAAGCUGGAUCAACAAGACAACAAGUCGAAGAGAUCUACUUCCGACGAGUUUGUGUACUACUCCAUCUUUCGUAUUCUAUCCAAGUAUCUUCAAUACGGACACACUCAAAGUGACGGUGCACAGUGUGUCAUACCUAUCAGCACUCUUUUAUCUGCAAAUGCUUUGGUCUACGAACAAACGGGUCGGCACAUUAUGCCAGCCACAGCCUCCGCCAUUGAUGACUGGGAGAAUGAGGACCGAUUGCUUUCUCAGAUUUUACUCGAUGUCACGAACAAGACAUUUCUGAAGUAUCAUCAUGAGAUACACUUCAGCGAAGAAGUAAAAGAGCAGAGACGUAUCGCUGAACGAAUCAUCUCAUCACCAUUUGAAGAUGAGUUCACGAAAGGUCUGAUGUCCACCAAUAAAACCGGCAAUAUUAGAGUCUCUAUCGUAUUUGGAGCUAGAGCUCUUAUGGAUAUUUCGAAGAUUCUGGGCGAUGGCGCUGGUAAGUCUUACGAAAGCUUGCGCCUAAAGGCAUCUAUUGCGUCAAAGGCUUUAGGGAUCCGCUUCGACGCUUCAACCGAGCAUGGUUUUCAGAAUAGUCUCAAAGAACUGAAUGGAGAUUGGAUCACACCGGAAAUAACGCAACGAGCAAUCAAUCUUUCCCAGUUGAUUCAACAAACUGUCAAGGAAAACGCCUUCGUUGUCAUAAAACAUAGGCACUUGCGAGACACGGCGAACAACAUUCCAGAGCAUCACCCUCUCUUUAGAGAGUUCAAACAGCUACAGCCUGAAACCAUCUGGCCUUCAAAAGAUCGAGCAUUCUACUACAACUAUAACCCGACUUACUGUGGGCUCGAAUGGCUUAGAAUUGCCAUCCGAAUGGAAAAGGAAGGUGUUGAUCUUUGCAACACGUUUACAUCAUUUUUUGCGGUUGCACAUCUUUACAACGCGCUAAAACAAGAUGGUCUUGUUGAGAGUAACUGGGCCGUAUUGGAUGGGGCAGUCGAAUCUCAAUUGAAGCAUCUCUUCAAUGACAUCCUACCUACCACGCAUAAGCAAAUAAUCAGUCGGUUUAUCAUGAAGUUGGGUGUUCCAGCUAGCGCAUUUGCACCAAAUUGUCGCUCAGCUUCAAGCGCAAAGAACUUAGGCGUCAACUUUGUGAAGGGUACAGAAAACAUGCUCAAGACUACCGAAUUUUCUGGCGCCUUGAUGAGCUACCUCGAGAACCCAGUUGCUGCUGAUACUCUACUCAUACAAGCUCAAAAGCAUGGCCGCAAGAACGAUGACAACAAGAAAGCCAAGGCUCGUCAGGGAACCCCUCUUGAGAUCCUUACAGAGAUGAGGAUUUGGUUACCGCAGAUCAUUGCCAGAGUCGAAAUACCGUAUAUCAAGCUUACACGCCAAUGCAGCCUGUUACUAUUACGUAUUCGGGAAGCUUUAAACGAGGAACUUGGGAUAGACAACAAGAAUGGUCUUGUCGACUGUGCUGAAGCAAACCCGAAAGAGAAUGUUCUGACGGUAUUGCAGAUUCUGGGCGAGGCUUACGGGAUAGAACUCUGGUCGGAAAAUGCACGCCGCAAUAUACUUGACAACACAUCUAUACAGCUAGAAACACCUCAAUUGCUUAUAGCCGCUCGAGUUACACGAGAAUUCCUUGUAGAGAUUGUAAAAGAGGAACCUAUCAAAGCGUUUGACGUUCCCGAGGCGUUGCAACUGAAACGUGAGUUGAACCAAAAAGGACAAGAGCUGCAGAGGAGAUAUAUGGCAGGCGAUCAGAGUGCAGAAGUUAUCGACGGAUUGAGAAGGGCAUUUUCGGAAGCUUCAAUAUAG